UUUCGAAGCUUUACAGUGCACUUCAGUGCUGCUCUAUACAGCUAUAAUGUGGUAUACGUGGCAAUUUUUAAUUUUACAUACUUUUUCGCUGUAUAUCUGGCAGGCGAAUGGUGCGUGCUGUCGCUCAACCUCUAUGACUUAUUUUCUAAAAAAUAGUGACAGUACGUCUUGUGUGGAUAUCGCUGGAGGGAGCCAAGUUCACUAUUGGAACAAAGAUGAGUGCCAAGCUAAAGUCUGUAAUGAUCUCUCAAGUUCGACGCCCUGUUGUGGGGUAGGAAAAUGCAACUUUUUCUGCUGCAACUGUAAUCGCGGAUGCAGGAAAGCUAAAAUUACUGUUUUGGAUGAUUUUAAGGCAGAGUAUGGCCAUAAAACAGAAUUUACGCAUCAACAACCAGAAUUGCCAUUUUUUAAAGAAAAAGAAAAUACCAGCAAGCCCGAGCCCAAAAAAAAAGAAAUAACACUACAUGGGUAUAUAAUGAUAUAAUAAAUUUUUUAAUAUUUUGGUACAACGGCAACGCA